AUGACCAGGGGUGCUUGGAUGCGUCGGCAGCAUGAUGAAGGCUUAAAAUACUGGUUUGCACCCCGAGAGAACGAGAAGCCAUUUACCGAGUCGGAGCGGGCCCAGAGAUGGCGACUGUCGCUGGCCUCUCUGCUCUUCAUCACCGUCCUGCUCUCUGAUCACUUGUGGUUCUGUGCCGAGGCGAAGCUGACGCGGACCCGAGACAAGCGGUCGGACGCGGGGCUUGCAAUUACGGACAUGGGCGAGUACCCAAACUCCCUCCACCGACACCACAUCCCAACAUCACCUGACCACCACCGUCUCGCCAGAGAGCAAGUUGUUAUUUUUCUAGGGAAUACUACCAAAUCUCUGUGGCGAAUGGACGCCUGUCACCCCGACAGCCUGUCCAAAGACUGCUUUACUUUCACGGACGCGGAGACCGUGUGCCUGGGCCUCUCCGGCGGAGGGGGAAAGGGGACACAGUUGGCGUACGUGAAUCUGAGCGAUUUGUACCUUUCUUUUUGUAAUUCCUACUCACUUUUGGAUUUGUUUUACGGGUUUACGAGUCCGGUCGAGAAUUGCACCCUGGAUACGACCAUGGGGAUGGACCAGAUGGGAUGCAGCGAGUGCGUCCGGGCUUAUCAGCGUCUUGACCUGAAGGCGGAGGAGAACUACCGGGACUUUGAACUGCUGGUUCAGAAAUACGAGACGGAUGCAUACUCCGUGAGGACGUGCAUGGAGGAAUGCAAGAUGGUUUAUAAGCCCUGGCUGUGUUCUCAGUACUUCCAGACCACCCAGAUGCACUGCAGCAAGCGAAUCCCCUGUGGUCAGUACUGCCUGGAGGUGCAGCAGCGGUGCCCCUUCGUCCUGCCCGACAAUGAUGAUCUCAUUCAUGGCGGCAGCCCCAGUUUUAUAUGCACAGGGCUGCUGGAGGACUAUCCAUCAGGUGUGGACCCAGAUGCAGAGUGCUGUGACGUGCGGUGGGACUUGAAAGUGGACAACCGAUCCCGGGGGACCCUGAAAAGAACUCACCCCCCAUGCCAGCAUCGUACCUCCCUCAGCUCCUCAGCAGCCUGCAGACUGUGUAACAGCCGGCUCAAACUCUGCCUGCUGGUCCUGGUCCUCCUACACACUGUUGCCAGCCUCACUGCAUCCCACAAUGCAACAGGACUGGGUCUCCCCGCCAUUACGCCUCUGGAGGAGAGCCCUGCCAAUGAGGAGUGAUAGAGCUGCCAGGAGGAGGGGAAGUUGUUGGGGUGGGGGAUUCCCUCACCAUGGCAACCGAUGUGGAAAAAUACAGCCACAGGAGCUGUGU